CAACACUGUAAUGAUCUGUUCCUAAUUAAGUUAGGUGUACAGAUGAGAGAGAUAUCAAUAGAACUAGCUCAAGCAAAAACAGAAACAGAAGCUAAGAUAUUUAUAAUAUUGUGCAGAAAGAUGUAAAUCGAACAGAAAAGUGCAUCUGUCUUGCAGUGUUGCAAAUUGCAGAUGUCAGCUGUACUGAAUCAAAUAAACAGGUCUGAACAUUACAACUUUUUACCGAUGCAAACUUGAAUUUUGGAGAAAAAAUCGGCAAGAAUAUAAUAUAAUUGGUUCAAAACAAUUUUAAGUUUCCUGAUACAGAAGGUUGAGGGAAGAAAAGUUUCAAAAAAACUUUUGCAAAUUUUCCAUACAUGCGAAGCAGACGUGACGGAAAAUAAAGAAAAACACCACAUUGAGAUUAUUGUGGAAGCCUUAUGCUAGAAGUUUGUACACGGAUCCUAAUAGAAUUAUAGGAUAAAUCAAUUCAGUUGUGUUUUCUACAGAUUACGGAAUAAAAAAGCAGAUGCAACACCUUCCAAAUAAUGUAAAAUGCUUAGUUUAUAUCUAUAACUUUUUUGUUUGUAAUCACUGUAGUCUUGCCAUGUAGUAAGUUCCAAAAAUUUACUAUUGAAGUAACUUUCAACUUUGAAUUUAUAAUUUUAACAGUUUCUAUACUUAUAUCAAUUCAAAUAUGUAUAAAGAUGCAAAGCAAAAAAGUUCUAAGAGUUACAUUAGGAAUGAUUCGACAAAUUCAAGACAUAGCCCUAGUGGGUCUUCAAAUGGUAUCAAACAAGGCCCUAGAGUUGGCCCCAACUUUCAACUAGGCAAAAAAAUUGGUUGUGGAAACUUUGGUGAAUUGCGGCUUGGUAAAAACCUAUACAAUAAUGAACAUGUAGCUAUAAAACUAGAACCAAUGAAAUCAAAGGCACCUCAACUUCAUCUAGAAAAUAGAUUUUAUAAACUACUUGGUUGUCAUGAAGGUUUACCAGAAGUUUAUUAUUUUGGUCCUUGUGGCAAGUAUAAUGCACUUGUUAUGGAACUACUGGGACCUUGCCUUGAAGAUCUUUUUGAUAUGUGUGAACGUAAGUUUUCGUUAAAAACAGUGUUGAUGAUAGCAAUCCAAUUGUUGCAUAGAAUCGAAUAUGUUCAUUCAAAACACCUUGUGUAUCGAGAUGUCAAACCCGAAAAUUUUCUUGUUGGGCGAAAAAAUUCCAAGAAAGAAAACACUAUACAUAUCAUAGAUUUUGGCUUAGCUAAAGAAUAUAUUGAAGUAGAAACCAAUAAACACAUACCUUAUAGAGAACACAAAUCACUGACAGGUACUGCAAGGUAUAUGUCUAUUAACACACAUUUAGGUAAAGAACAAAGUCGUAGAGAUGAUCUAGAAGCCCUAGGUUAUAUGUUUAUGUAUUUUCUAAGAGGUUCUUUACCUUGGCAAGGUCUAACUGCUGACACAUUAAAAGAAAGGUACCAAAAAAUAGGAGAUACAAAAAGAUCAACAACUAUUGAAAAUCUUUGUGCUGGUCACCCAGAAGAAAUGGCUACCUAUUUAAGGUAUGUCAGGAGGUUAGACUUUUUUGAAACACCAGACUAUGAAUACCUAAGAAACUUAUUCAUUGACCUCUUUAAGAGAAUGAGGUUUGUGGAUGAUGGCCAAUUUGACUGGUCUGGAAUCACUUUCACUAGAAAUGCAAGUGGAUCACUGUCAAUAAAAACCAAUGAGCUAGUUCUGUCUGAUGACCAAGAAAGAGCUACGAGGAAUAGCAAAAUCAAUGCUUGGAGGGAGGCAUCCAAACACAGUACAUUGGGAGGUCUGACUUCAACUGAUAGGCAAACCAGUGUAGCAACCACCAAUGAUGGUAACAUAGAUGAUCCAACAGGUGGUCAGAGUCGUACUCCUAUAACUCAGAAUUGUGAUACUGAUGAUUCUGGUGAUACUGGGUGUUGUUGCUUUUUCAAAAAGAUUAAAAAGAAAAGUAUGAAUUUGAAAUAGUUAAUCGUUGACAAUAUUAUGCAUGUAACUUGGGUAUAUAGUUACAUUGAAUAAGCCCAUAAUGUCUUUUUUGUUUCUUGAUUCUAACAAAUGAACAUGAACAAAAACUGCUUUCCAAAAAUGAGUUGAGGAGCUGUGCCCAAAAAAGGAUAAACUGUACUUUAAUUUUUAAGAAUACUCUAGUGAUACUGCAAACUUUUUGUAUAUAUAUAAACCUGUACUUAUACUGUAUUUUCCUAUAUCUUUUAAUAAUUUUAAAAUUGUGGUAAAAUACCAUUUUAGAUCAACAGCAUAUUUAUGUCAGCAAGAGCUAUAGUUUUUAUAAACUGUUUUUAGUCUACUGUCAGUUAUGAUUUGCUACCAGCAUUUUCAUGAUCUGGUAUGUAUCUCAAAAGAAUCCAAAAAUUCCUUUUUGCACUUCUAAAUACAUUGUUGCCUUUAUUAUGAAUUCUCGAAUUUUACCAUCUCUAUUUGGAAAUGUAUUUGCUCCCCUCAAAAAGUACUGACUGAUUAUUCUAAAAUAGCUUGUAACAUUACAUUGAAUUUUAAUUAUAUUGUAUUGUAAUUUUUGCGUAAUCAUCAGUUUUAUAGAAUUCGUCUAUUUGUUGUGAAAGUGCGAUAAUGUUUAUGUGUAUGAAAGAGUUUUUCAUUUUGCAUGCCUGAUAUAAUAAAUAAUUGAGGACUUUCUACAUAUUUACAUUUUGAAAAUUUUCCUAUCUGUAUAUAUUUGCUUCUAGGGGUUUUAUUUUAGAUAUUGUAUGAGGAGAAGACUACUAUAUUUAACUCUAGCUAUUUUACAGAUUUAUAGGUUGUAUGUCAAGAAUAAAGACUUUUGUUGUACA